GGAUUGUUAUCGACGCAGUGUAAACGUUUUCAAUGGCAUAAGACUGCUUCUUGAGUUUGAAGAUACCUGGAAAGUGAGCUUUCGUGAUCGGCUUCAGGGAGUGUACACCAGUCUGGUCAGAGUUCUGUUGAAGCUUUCCAUGACUGACGAAGCUUUAUGUGCCGCUGAACAGGGACGAGCUCAAGCUUUAAUGGAUCUCAUGGCAUCAAAUUAUGGCCAUGAAUUACCUCUGCCUUUGUCUCUUGAAUUUAAAGAAAUGAUGUCAGAGAUAGCAACCGAUACAUCUUCUCAAAUAGUUUUUGUAGCACUUGAGGGUGAAAAGAUCAACUUAUGGGUACUCAGCAAAGGAAAAGAUGUUCAUUUUAGACAGAACAAAGUACAGGACAGAGAUGCGUUUAGCUUUCUGAAGAGCUUAACAAAAGCUGCUUUCAAAGAAAAGAAGUGUGGUUGUUCUUUGGAACUGCAAAGAGGUGAUGAUCUACAGCUUACAAAAUCCUCUUGCCAAACAGAGCAGUCAUGUUGCCAGAACAAUUCCUUGCAAGUUUUGUAUCGUAGCAUUUUCAGCCCCAUCGAGAAGUUCCUAAAGGGUGAUGAAAUAAUCAUUGUCCCGGAUGGUCCGUUAGGCCUUGCUCCUAUUGCUGCGUUUGGGGAUGAAGCUUCAAGAUACCUCAGUGAAUCUUUCAGGAUCCGCAUGAUUCCGUCGCUGACAAGUUUGAAGCUGCUCGCUGAUUGUCCUGAUGACUACCACAGUAAGACUGGGGCACUUCUCGUGGGAGAUCCAUGUCUGGAGGAAAUCAAAAACAUCUUUGGUCAACCCAAAAUAUCGCAGUUGCCAUAUGCCAAAAAGGAAGUAAAGAUGAUAGGCGAGAUUCUUAACACCACUCCGCUCACGGGAAAGGAAGCGACUAAGGAUGAGGUGCUGAAACGGAUUGGUUCGGUUGCUUUGGUACACAUUGCUGCACAUGGGAAAGCGGGAACUGGUGAAAUUUUCUUAGCCCCUAACACAGAACGGAGGUACUCGGAUCCUGAAGAGAAGGACUAUAUCAUGAAGAUGGCAGACGUACACGCUGUUCAACUACGAGCAAGGCUUGUUGUGCUUAGUUGCUGUCAUAGUGGCGAAGGAGAGAUCAAGGCUGAAGGAGUGGUUGGUAUUGCUCGGUCUUUCCUGGGAGCUGGUGCUCGCUCCGUUCUGGUGUCUCUCUGGGCAAUUGAUGACGAGGCCACGAUGGAGUUCAUGAAGAGCUUCUACCAGCACUUGAGGAAUGGAAACAGUGCCAGUGUGUCCCUUAACAAGGCCAUGAAAUGUCUCCGGAAGUCAGCAAAGUUUAAUGAGGUGACGUUUUGGGCUCCAUUCGUACUCAUUGGUGAUGAUGUCACACUAGAUUUAGGAAGAAAAGAGCAGGAGCAUUGUAGUGUUGACGGUAUGCAUAGGAGGGAUGCACCUGAAUUGUGGCGAUCCUUAAAUCAACACGACAAUUGAGAAGCUGAAGCUAAUCAAGUUCAGGGAGGAAAACUCCACACAACUGGACCCAUAUCAUAUCCUACAGGAGUCCGUGUUUUCCUCGUGGUGCUUAAGCUUAAAAAUGAUUUUUAUAAGAUACUAGCUGGUGUGAGGCAUUGUUGUAGAUUCGAAGCACUUCUUAUAAUCGUAACAAGUCGAUGUAAUUUUUCUCUUAAGAUUGUUAAUCUCAAGUAUACUCUAAAACUCACAAAAAGUUGGUGAGAGUAGCCUUUCUUAAAUUAAACCACUCACGAUUCUCAGUGAUGACAAAAGUAUAGCUUCUCACAUUUUUUCUAGAUUAGCGUUGCUUUUUCUCAGAUUUAAAGUUCGUUUUGAUAGAGACUAGGAGAAAGAAGCAAAAGAAGGAAGGUUAUUGGUCAUUUGGUUAUUAUUUACUUGUUCUAGUGUCGGUGAGCACACAGAGAGCGAAACAUUGUGUAUUUAGACUUUUAUAUCCUGACAUAUAUUGGAAAUUAUUUUUAACGUUAUUCAAGUUUGACAAGAUGUGCUUAUCUGUUUAAACAGAAACCUACGUAAAACUUUUUAAAGUAUGUUAAGAUAGUAAUAACACUUUUUUUGUGGUUUUUCACUUCGAAGAAUACAUUAUUAUUGUUUCCUAUACUUUGGUUUUAUUAAGCAGAGGAAACAAAGAACGUCUUGGUUUAUAUCAUCAUGAAGUUGACAGUAGUGCACUGCUUUAGAGCAAUAUCUGCUAAUAAAAACCUACAUAGAUUAAAGUUACAACAAUUGUUAAUGCAGGUAGCAACCAUAAUGUAUGUUUGAAAGAAAUUCCAGACUAAGAAUUAAUCU